AACAUACAGAACGUCAUAUGGCGAAGGGAAUUUAACCUCAAAUUGGGUCCACUCUGUGGUUGAAUAUGUUAGUUAUGUGUGAUGUGAAAUAAUAACACUCCUAAGAUGAUUCGGACAUUAACGUGCGUUGUGAAAAAUAUAUCGCGGAGACAUUACGCAACCGCUGCCAGGACUGUCAAAGCGGAAAGUGUUCGCGGAGUUCCGAUUAUCACAUGCAAACGAUCCGAGUUCAAUUACUUUGCAGAUGGUGAAGUGAAUAAAAAUGUAAAGUUUGGCGAAAUUCCGCUGGCAUCGAGCGGAUGGCGACACCGAAAAUCCAAGGGGGAUCAUUUCAUUAUUAAUGCAAGCACACCCGAGAGAGAAUCACCCAGUGAAGAACUAGACAACGCCAAAUUGGAGCAGUUCGGGGUGAACGAGCAGCUCGUCAAUAACAUCAAAACCGAACUAGAAAUCGAGAAGCUCACAUCCAUACAAUCCAAAGCGUUGCCUCUCAUAACUGACAUGAAUCAUGUCCUGCUUGCGGCAGCUACAGGCUGUGGGAAAACGCUUGCAUACGCUCUGCCUAUCGUCGCACAAUUGUUGUCUACAAAGAACAAAGUCAGGGACAGGCAGAUGAACACUCCGCUCGCAUUGAUUCUGACGCCGGGAAGGGAGUUAGCCGGCCAGGUAGCCACUGUUGUGGAGAAAUUAACUAGAGGACUCGGGGUGCAGGUGAAAACCAUCAUAGGCGGGCACACGAAGAGGCAAAUGCUGAACCCUGACUUCGAAGAGGUGGACAUUCUGGUUGGGACAAUAGGAGCGAUUAGCAAGCUGGUGACCACCGGCAUCUACAGAAUGGAUGAAGUGCGUCAUGUUGUUCUGGACGAGGCUGACACACUUUUGGAUGAUAGUUUCGCUGGCAAAUUGGCGCACUUUUUGAAACGAUUCCCGUUUCACAAAAACCAUCUCCAGGACUUGAGCAACAACAUCAUCGGGACGCAGUUGAUCCUAGCGUCGGCAACCAUGCCAACCAACGUCAAUCAGAUGCUUGCACAAAUCGUCGACACCGAAACGAUACACGAGCUAGUUAGUCCAGAUUUGCAUCAUCUCAUGCCUCACGUCACCCAAAAAUUUAUACGAAUGAACAAAUCUGAUCGACCUGGCCAGCUACUAACGCUAGUCAAAUCUGAGUUACGGAGGAAACGUCCUUUGAUAAUUUUUGGUAACAAGUCAGCGACCAGUGAUUUUAUUUCGAUUUUCCUUAACGACCAAGGGGUGAAUUGCGUCAAUUUGAACGGGGACAUGCUAAUGGAAGUUCGAAUUGGCAAAUUUGAACAAUUUCAACACGGUGAAGUGGAUGUCCUGUCGACCACGGACAUCGGGAGUCGGGGACUGGAUACAACCCGCGCUAGACAUGUCAUAAAUUUCGAUUUCCCAUUGCACGUGGCCGACUAUAUCCAUCGAUGUGGAAGAAUUGGACGAGUAGGAAGCCAUCAUAAAUGUCAAGUGACGAAUUUCGUAUCGAGCCAGCGUGAAAUUGAAGUUGUUCAGCGAAUAGAACACGCCGCCAGGACAGGAGGACUAUUGCCGAACGUGAAUGCUAACAUUUCGGGAAUUAUUAAAAAGCGAAUAAUGAGAGAAAUGCAGAGCCAAGGGCUAGAGGCAUUGUGAACACGUAGAUUAAAAUAAAUAUGCUAA